AUGAAGUUCUCAGUACUCACCUUCAUCACUCUGGCCGCCUCGUCGGUGUACGGCUCAGUCAUUGAUGUUGCCGCCGCUCAAGAUGCCAACACUCUUGCCAACAUCGAGACUCGUGCCACAUGCUCGAGCUCCGACAUGCAAGCAGUCAAGGAUCGCAUCAACCACUUCAACGUCUUCUGUCAGAUGUACAAUGCCCAACCUCGCGAUUCAUCGCCUCUCCCUACAUUGACUGCCGCCAAGUUGACCAGCGCAUGCUCGUGUAUCCUCGCCCAGUGGAACAAAGUGGCAAACCCUACCUCCGUUCCCUCGACCGGAUCAAACACUUGCGCCGCUUCAGACAUCAACCUGAUCAAGAACGAGGCACCCAGAAACUUCAAAUCCUACUGCACAUGGUGGGGCUUGAUGUACGUUCCUCUCUCCCUCUCCUCAUCAAAUUCUUAUAUACUGAUUAGCCCUCACAGUUACCGCACACGCUCAGCCAUCCCCGGAGUCAGCGCCGACCAAAUCACCAAGUCGUGCAAGUGCCUGCUCAACCCAGGCUCAGUCACAUCCACCACCGCUAAGGCUGCCACUACCACCAAGGCUGCAGCCACUUCUGCUUCUGCCUGCAAGAAGCGCAGAAAGGUCCGCAGAACCGUUACUGUUGAGGUUCCUGCCGAAGCCACUCCUUCUUUCUAA